AUGACCACUAAAAGGACGGAGUUAGAAUGCGAAUUCCCGCCGAAAAUGGAAGAAGAUCUUACUCACGUUAGAAGAAAAAGACUAACCACUGAGACUGGAUUAGUUUGUCUAGAAGACUACCCCUACACAGUAUCAGUAAGGCUACAUGGCAAGCACUGGUGUGGUGGAGCCAUCGUUGGAAAAUUAUGGGUUCUCACUGCAGCUCAGUGUUUCGACUACGUUACCAAAGAAGAAGUUUCAGUUCGGAUGGGAUCUGUAUUCAGAGAUUUUGGCGGGAGAAUAUUGUCGGUAGUGGAAAUCAAGAGACACCCGGACUACAGGAUGGAUCAGUACUAUCCUGAACAUAACUUAGCCAUGGUCAAGGUGAAUCUGCCGAUAACUCAAAGCAGCAGAAUGCAGGCCGUUUCAUUAGCUGUAUCUGACGCUGAUCUGCCACCGCUGUUCGGAGAAACUGUCGUUACUGGAUAUGGUUCUGUGGGUGACACGGGCGAUCCGGCGGUUCAUUUUAGUGGACUGAACCGCGCAGGCACACUUUACGGCAUAGCACUAUUUUCCGGCACUGAGGAGUGCGCCUACAAGUCGAAACCAGGAAUUUUUGCUAAGGUCGCAUACAGCCGAUUGUGGAUUGACAAAGUGCUCGGAGAUAUACCCGAUCAUCCAGAAAGUGCUGACAGUACAGAAAACCUUAUUCCAAUCGAUAUAAUGUAA